AGGUCGCACGUUUGCUCAAGCUGUUCUGUGCACCUGUACGAGCUCUUUGGUUAGCUUUGCAUUCAGCGUUUCGCCGGUAAUUCGCCGUGCACGUGCUUUAUUGCACGCGAGGUACCUCCUGCCUUCUUGUCGCCCAUUUCCAUACAUUCACAGAAAGGAAGCCCCUCCCCCCCCCCUCCCUCCUCCUCCCCCCACGAACGUCACUUGCCCCCACGCCUACACGUACAUCUUCUCCCCCUCCUUUUUAUCAAUCACUUCUCUUAUUUUCCUCUGCCGGGUUUUUGGGGCGCUCGUGUUCCUUUCCUUGUUACCGUGUCUCUCGUAUACCGUGUUGUUAUACCGAGGGUGGGUGGGUGGUGCAACGGCACAAGUAAAUGUAAGACAACUCCACCACUCAUCCGUUUUUUCCCCCCUUUCUUUUCCGUUGCCACUUCCCCGGUGUUGGCCGCCCCCCACUCCCCAUCCACCGCCUGCAGGGUUUUUUCUGUUCCCUCCCCCCUCUUUUUCUCUCACCGCUUGUUUCAUCGACCUCCAACGCGUUCCGCGAACCACCUAUUUCAAAACGCCAGCCACGACGCGCUGCGAGAUUUCUUCCCUCGUUGCUCUUUGUAUUGAUGAGAAAAAUAAACAAUAGAAGUUGUUUUGUUUUGUUUCAUUGCGUGUGUGUUGGCGCGUGCGGAUUUCCAUCGCUGCCUUUUCUUUUAUUUCCUUUCUUUUCUUACCCUGCGAGCCUCAGCCAGCGAAGGCCACGAGACUGUAGCUCCGUGCAAUGUCGCAUCAACGAUCGCUCUCCGCUUCGCCGUCCAACCGCGAGCCGCGUGACUUCGACCACAACGGCCUGACGAAUGCGCUCUGCACGGCGGCCGAGGCGGCGUCGUCCGCAGGCGGGAAGGAGGGACAUCACGACAGCGGGGACGAAGACGGCAACGGCAGCACAACCAGCGCAUCCUCUGGGCGGCGACGGCGCACCACCGUGCAUGUGGUGGACUACAAUGAGUCCCCACCGUUGGUGCAGGCGCCAUCUGUGUCGCCGCAGCGAGUGCAACGGCUGUCACUGGUCGAGCGUCGCCGCCGUGGGUCGUUCACCACCAGCGGGUCGAGCAUCACCUUCCGCCGCAGCUCGCAGUUUCACACGGUGGAGUUGACGAAGGAGUACAUACAGAACCUUGCGGAGGCGCACGGCGUGUCGCCAGAGCACGUGCGAGAUGUGGCGCUGGCGGCUCAGGGUAACACCGACUUGAUGCUAAGCAUUCUGCAGAACGAGGUGAGUCACCGCCUCGCUUCGCCGAACAGCGUGGACAAGUUGAACUUCAACGACGCCGCGGCGGUGACCCAGCUGCUGAGCUUCUUGGAGCUUCCCAACGACUGGGAGGGGGAGGUGAUCCGCACGCUGAACGCAACCCAAGGUGACGCCCAGGAGGCGGCCGCCCAGCUCGAGUUAAAGAAGAACCAGCUUCAGUCUGCGAUUGAGGCGGCGCGAGCGCGAAUGCCUGCGUCGGGUGGUGGCGGCGAAGGCGAGGCGCAGCCGUCCCAAAAUGAAGCUGCGGAAAGCGGCGGCAGCAGUGCGUCCUCGCCGAGCGUCGGCGAGGAGUUGACGCGGGAUGAAAUGGACCAUGUCGUGGCCCGCGUCGUUGCCACGGGUGGGGCACGUCCACAUCAGACGCACCGCAAGGAGGGCGAGCGGGUGUACUACAAGCUCAAUGAUGCCAUCGGUGCGCGGACGAGCGUCGUUGCCUCGGAGCUGGGCGAGGACGCUCUCUCGACGAGUCUCUCCUCGCAGGAAUUUGAGCAACUGCGGGGCAACGGUGACGGCGACAUAGCUGAGGAUCAAAAGGGUGUACGACAGGAGCACGAAGAAGAGCCGUCCUACUCAAAGAGCUGCAGUGUUUCUGCGUUCUUGCCGGCGGUGGUGUCCUCUGAAGAACGCACCGCUGCUCGCCGCUGGGAUGGAGGCCCAACCGUGGACCCCCUGCCGACCCCUCCACCUCCCACGGCUCCCUCCUCCUUUAUCGUGGACGGACGCCGACCGAGUACGUGUAAGGAAGCCUCACCCGCACCUCCAGCCGACGGCGGGUCGGCGCACCCAGUGCCGUCGUCCGCGUUGCGCCACCGCCGCGCGUCGCUGUCGAGGGGAGCGGUGGACGUGUCGGGGCGGCUGGCCAGUCGCCUCGAUUUCUCUCCGCCGGGCAACACACCUGCGGUGCGGAACGCGGCGUCGUCUCAUCGCACGCGUCCGGCCGCAGCGCGCGACGGCGCCGCGUCGGUGAGCACCAGCGCGGAAUUUCUCCCUCGUCGAGGAAGCGCAUCGAACUCGACCGCCGUCUCUCCUCCGCUCUCGACGGGGUUGCCGCCGUUGGUGUCCCCACCAGCGGUCUCGUGGGCAGAGGAUCGCCACAAAGCUGCGGACGCCGUCCUCCCUCUGAUUGUGUCGCCGAGCAGGUCAGAGACUGCCUCGGCGCGCGACCCGGCCCUGGCAACGUCUGCGGCGAGCAGCGAUAGCCGUGAGACCACCCCGACACCGCCGCCAGGACUCCCACCACCACCACCGCCUCCGUCCAUCGGCGGCGCACCUCCCCCUCCUCCACCGCCGCCUCCCCCGCCUGGGACGAAGGGCAGGCCGGGCGAGGCUGCUCCCGCCGCGAACACCGGCAAGACGCGCCCGGUGCCCAUCAACGGCGCCAUCGGCGACUCCGUCGGUGUCUUUGGCGAGGUCACACACCGCCCCGCGCUGUCAGCAGAAACGCGUGCGUGCUUGGAGAAGCUGUUCAAGAAGACCGAUCCGCUGAUGAAAAUGGCUGCAAAGCCCGCUGCAGCCGACAUACUUCCGUGGAAGAUAGACACGGCGGUGAACGUGAUGCUGAAGAUCAUCAACCUUCCAAUUCAGCAAAUCGAGGCGAGCAUACGCACCUUCGACACGCUGACCUUGGGCGAAGAGCGCGUCGCUUUAUUGAAGGAGAAUAUCCCGAAAGCAGAGGAGAUCGAGGAGAUCAACCGUGCACGCAAGGCACACGGAAAGCCCUGGUCGCGGACGGAGCAGCAGGAGCUGCCGAUGGCGGUGCGCUUCAUCUUGAUGACGCAGACCAUCGACCACUACGCGGAGCGCAUCCACGCGUGGAGCCUCAAGUACAAGCUGCACGGCGACCUCGAAGACCUGGAGCAGAAGCUGGCGAAGGUGAACCGUGCCAUCGACGCCAUCUUCGACUCGAGGUCGCUGCCGGACAUGCUGUACUUUCUGCUGGAGGUGAGCAACUUCCUGAACAAGGGCAGCCGCUUCCAGGACGCGAAGGGCUUCCCGAUCACGCAGCUGCCGCAGAUCAUGGACUUCAAGACGACGGACGGCAAGAGCACGCUGCUUUCCUACGUUGCGGAGUCGCUGAGCUCCAUGGAGGCGUCGAACCCCUCCCAGGCCGGGAUGCUGCACAUCUCGGAUGAGCUAAUGCCGAUGGUGGAGGCGGGCCGCGAGAUCGACGUGCCGAGCAUCGAGCAGGAGCUGAAGAAGCUGCGCGGCCGUCUGCAGAAGUGCAAGCUGCUGAUUAGGGAGCUGAAGAACGACAGCCGCUGGACCACCGUGCUGGGCAAGUUCAUUAUUCGGGCGCUGCCGGAGCUGGAGCGUGUGGAGAAGCUUGCGGAGACGAUCGACGGCAAGAUGGAGCGUCUGUGCACGUUUCUGUGUGAGAAGAAGGAGACCUUCUCGCUGAACGAGGUGCUGCGCACGCUGACGAUGUUCUGCAAGCGGUUUGACCAGGAGCAGGAGAAGAUGCAGCUGCGGAAGGGGCGACUCGCAAGGGAAGAGGCACAUGCACAGCUGACCCAAGAAACGAUCGCUAAAUCGUCUGCACCUCGUCGGCGUCGGCUGAGUUAA